GUGGAUCAUCGUGGAGCAGCAGGCGGAGGAGGGCAGCGAGGAGAGGCGGAUUGAUGACAGCUGUCAUAGCGGAAUAAACCGCUACUGCCGCUCUCAGAUAGUGACGAAACCCAGGAGGACCGGGGACACGCUUUAAGCGCACAUCAGGCUGGAUUCAAAGGUGGAGUAAAGGUAUUUACCAAUAGCACUGUGUAUAUUUUGGACUGGCACGUCACUGGUGGAGCUACAGUUCCACAGGCACCAUGGGGACACAAGGCACUGGUAGAAAGCGUGCCCCUGUUAAAGAUCGGUUCUCAGCAGAGGACGAGGCCUUGAGCAGCAUUGCCCGAGAGGCGGAGGCGAGACUGGCAGCGAAGAGGGCAGCUCGUGCAGAGGCCAGGGAUAUUCGAAUGAGGGAACUUGAACGGCAGCAGAAAGAACUGUCUUACCACUCAUCCAGCAGUAGCAGCAAAAAAUGGGGUCAGAUUCACCAGUGGAUGGCUGAUGCAGAAAAGGCCAGAGCCUCUAGUAGUAGCAGAUCCAGCAGCCGCCAUCGCUGGCAGGAGUUGGGUGAUGAUGUCACGUCAGUCCGGAGCCACAGGUCUAACACAUCAGCUGUACGUGACUUGGGUUCUAGCAAAAGUCGUUCCAGCUUCCGUAGAAAAGACCUGAUGUCUGAAGGCUCCACUAGCGCAGUCCUCAAGGGCUCCCGCUCCACUAGUUCUGUGUAUAAUGACCUGCAUGGCCAUAAAAAGGCUUCAUCCAGCUCCCACAGGAAGGACCUGCUGACUGGACUGUACUAUGAUCAAAGGAAAUACACCAGCCUAACGAAGACCAAACUCCCUUCUCUACCUUCUACCUCCUCCUAUCAGCCUCGGAUGACCAAUUCCUCGUCCUCCACCACGGGCACAGGGCUGUCCCGUAGUUACAGCACGGCCUCUAUUUACGAGGACGCUGGUCUGUACGGCUCAGGUUACAGUUCGAGAGCUCCCUCUGAAUACAGCUGGUGCUCCUCUGGAGCCAGCUCCACUCGCAGCAGCCCUGUGUUCUCCUCAGACGAUGACACUGUGAGCAGUGUGUCCCAGGAACGCUUCAGCAGAGGCCGCAGGGACAGUGUGUCAUCUGACUUCUCGGACAUUAGCGAGUCGGCUGCUGAUUACUUUAGCCGCUCCAACCAAAAGGGCAGUAUUGUGUCUGACCUCGAUGAUUUGGGCAGUCCAGAUCUGGAAACUAUGGAUGAAAAGUGUGACAGACAGUAUUCAGACUACAGUCGGCCGUCCUCUCGCUGUGCCACGCCGGGCCUUUCAGCAGCCACCCUGGCCUCACUGGGAGGCACCUCCUCACGGCGAGGCAGCACAGACACCAGUAACGCCUAUGACCCUGACACCAGUCUGAGUGAACUUAGGGAUAUCUAUGAACUAAAGGACCAGAUUCAGGAUGUAGAAGGGCGAUACAUGCAAGGGCUUAAAGAGCUGAAGGAGUCACUUGCAGAGGUGGAGGAGAAGUACAAGAAAGCUAUGGUAUCAAACGCACAGCUGGACAACGACAAGGCAAACCUCAUCUAUCACGUGGACACACUCAAGGACGUCGUAGAGGAAAUGGAGGAACAAAUGUCAGAGAUGAGAAGAGAGCUGGAAGAAAAGUCAAAGGAAUUAGAAAGACAAAAGCACACAUGCACAGUUCUGCAGCAUAAACAAGAAGAACUGAAAGAGGGAAUCCAUCAGAGAGAUGAGCUGAUUGAGGAGACCCAGCGAAUGCAGACUAAGUUAGAUGCCCUAACCAGGGAGGUGUUUGACCUUCAGGAAACUAUAAACUGGAAGGACAAAAAGAUCGGGGCCCUAGAGAGGCAGAAAGAGUACUUUGAUUGCAUUAAGAAUGAGAGAGAUGAGCUCAGAGACGAGCUCGCUGACCUCAAAGCCAAAGCAGGAGAGAAACAUGGGCUGGUCAUAAUUCCAGACGGCACACCAAACGGCGACGUCAGCCUCGAGCCGCUGUCCACAGGGAUCACCGUGGUUUCCCAGGAGGCCGCUCAAGUAUUGGAGUCUGCAGGAGAGGGCCCACUAGACGUCAGGCUACGGAAGUUGGCAGAGGAGAAGGAUGAACUGUUGGCUCAGAUCAGGAAGCUGAAGUUGCAGCUGGAGGAGGAGCGACAGAAACAGUCCAAGCUGGACAGCACGUACACAGACGGGGAGACGAUGGAGAACGGCACUGACCUCCACUUCAUCGAGAUGCAGAGAGAUGCCAACAGACAGAUUAGUGAAUACAAAUUCAAGCUGUCGAAGGCGGAGCAGGAAAUGGGUACGAUGGAACAGAAUAUCAGCAGACUUGAAGGGCAGGUGUCCCGGUACAAGGCAGCAGCCGACAACUCGGAGAAAAUAGAGGAUGAACUCAAAGCAGACAAAAGGAAACUUCAAAGAGAGCUGCGCACGGCACUGGAUAAGAUCGAGGAGAUGGAGAUGACCAACAACCACCUCGUGAAGCGCCUCGAAAAGAUGAAGGCCAACAGGAACGCCCUGCUGGCGCAGCAGUGAGGCGCAGCGGCGCCACGGAUGCCCUCAAAGUCUCACCUCGUGCCCCCGACUGCUGUGUCGCCUCUGAAGCACAUUUCCACUUUCCGCUGUAAUAAGAUGUGUAGCUAACCAAAAACACUUAAAAACUUGUAGCACGGGCGAAACUCUGCUCUACCACUGCGAGCGGACUGAGAGCGUUAGCAAAGUUUCUGGGAGGUACAUCAGAGGAAGAAAAUCAGAUUUACACGUUACCGUGAGAUUUGUUUUGCUCUGACCGGGUGCUUGGCUGUACUUUGUUUUGUUUGUUUUUUUAAGUUGCAUGGAUGAGUAUAAUGAUGCUUUUAAAAUAUUCGACCCUCACGGUUGCUCGGUCCUGCACCUUCCCAGAAUCCCUCACACGGUGCCUUCUCACGCCAGGAGCCCCAGCUCUCCUCCUUUUAACAGGUACACACACUUGUACAGCCGUUCUGUGGAAUUGUAAACACAAAGUACUGUGUCUGCUGAGGUUUCAUAGUUUUCAAAUAUUUAAGAUUUCUGGAAAAUAAAUGUAAUUUACAG